CUAAAGCUGAUUUCACAUUUUCGCGCUUUUCUUCUUGUUUCUAUCUGUGCAAGCAUUUAUGCUGCUUCUUCUCUACAUUUUCAACAGUGUCUUGUUUCUAUCUCUAAAAAAGUGCUUUUGAUGUGAAAAGCAGAAAAAUUCCAAGUCAGACAAAACAUAGCGAAAUCAAUGAUUCAAGUGUGGUUUUGAAGAUUUGGAAGAUUCUGAAGCAGAGAAAAAUUGAUUUGUCUUUUGCCCUUUCUCUUGUCGAAAGGGUUAGAUCCAAAAAAGCAAGAGGUUUCAUUUGCUCGCUCUGUUUCACGAGAAACAUUGACUCACAAUGAUUUGACAAAAAGGGGAUAGAUUUGAGUGAUUGGGAUAGAGAAGAAAGUGUAUCUCUUUGGACCCUAGAGGAUUUAAAUUUUAUCGAAAGGGUACAAAGGAUUUUUUGGAUUCAAGUAGCUCCAAAAGCUGGUGUGGAAUCUCAAAAGAAGGACUUUUUUUUUGGUUCAGGGUUUUGUGUUUUGUGUUUUGAAGUUUAUGUGAUUCAUUGAGAAAGGAGUGGUGAGUGAGAGGUCUUGUCAUGUCUAUGAGUUUUGUAUCCAUCUGCAACUCAAGCUGUGUGUUUGGUUUGGCCUUGUCUUGAUGUCCAACUUGAGCCUUAAUAAUACAAUCAUAUCUACUCAAUCCAUCUCUCCUGGAAGCUACAAAAUCUCUGAGGAUCAAUUAAAAGUCAGAACUAUUCUUGCAUUUGUGUCUUAAAUGAUCCGAGGGAAAGAGGAGAAGAGACCAGGAGGUUCUAAUGGGACUCAGAAGGUUCUUGUUGCUGUUAAAGCAUCAAGGGAGAUUUCAAAGACAGCAUUGGUUUGGGCUUUGACUCAUAUUGUUCAUCCUGGAGAUUGCAUCACUCUGAUUGUUGUUGUCUCUUCUCACAAUGCUGGUCGAAAGCUAUGGACUUUCCCGAGGUUUGCUGGAGAUUGUGCAAGUGGUCAUCGGAGAUCGCAUCCUGAUGCGAUUCCUGAGAUAAAGAGUGAUCUCACUGAUACUUGUUCCCAAAUGAUUCUCCAGCUUCAUGAUGUCUAUGAUCCAAACAAGGUUAAUGUCAGGAUCAAGAUUGUUUCUGGAUCACCAUGUGGAGCUGUUGCGUCUGAGGCUAAGGAGUUGCAAGCAAAUUGGGUAGUUCUUGAUAAGAACCUUAAGCACGAAGAGAAACGGUGCAUAGAUGAGCUACAAUGCAACAUUGUGGCAAUAAAGCGUUCUCAGGCAAAAGUUCUGCGGUUGAACUUGGUCGGUUCAACAACAAAGGAAGCAGUGAAAGAGUGUGCUUUACGGACCGAACCAGAAUUAUGCACGUCUGAAAAGAGCAAAACCAGGUCGUUAGGUUCUGUUACAACUCCUAUGAGCAGUCCUGAGGCUGGCACACCAUUCACAGGCACAGAAGCUGGGACUUCAUCAGUGGCUAGCUCUGAGCAAGGGACAUCAUCGCCCUUUUUCACAGUGGAAGCGAAAACGGAUGAAGGUCUAGUCAUCAAAGAGAAUGAUUCCGGUUCUGAUUCAGAGAGCGAAGACCUAUCUUUAGCUUCGACGAGUACGAGAUUCCACUCUUGGAUAUCGAAGUAUCUUGGCACUCACCAUCGCCUCACAUUGCAGGAACCAGAGGAACGUAAUGAUAAGGCUGCUCAAGAAUCCGCUUUGCUUGGAGAAACCGAGAUUUCGAGCACAAGGAGUGACUUGGAGGAGUUUAGUGGAAACGUGAGAGAAGCAAUAUCGCUGUCACGAAACGCUCCUCCUGUUCCGCCUCCUCUCUGUUCUAUCUGCCAGCACAAAGCUCCCUUAUUCGGGAAACCGCCGAGGCUUUUCUCCUACAGAGAGCUGGAGCAUGCAACGAAUGGGUUCUCACGGUCUAACUUCUUGGCGGAAGGAGGAUUUGGAUCUGUGCAUCGAGGUGUGUUACCCGAAGGCCAGAUUGUAGCAGUAAAGCAACACAAAGUAGCUAGUACUCAAGGAGAUGUAGAGUUUUGCUCUGAGGUAGAGGUUUUGAGCUGUGCUCAGCACAGGAACGUGGUUAUGUUAAUAGGUUUCUGCAUAGAGGAAAGCAGAAGACUCUUGGUCUAUGAGUACAUAUGCAAUGGAUCAUUAGACUCUCAUCUAUACGGUCGCCAUAAAGAGACUUUAGGAUGGCCUGCAAGGCAAAAAAUAGCGGUUGGAGCGGCUCGAGGUCUUCGAUACCUUCAUGAAGAGUGUAGAGUUGGUUGCAUUGUUCACAGAGACAUGCGGCCUAACAACAUACUCAUCACUCAUGAUUACGAGCCACUGGUUGGAGAUUUUGGUUUAGCGCGGUGGCAGCCUGAUGGAGAGCUCGGUGUAGACACUCGCGUAAUAGGAACUUUCGGCUAUUUAGCUCCAGAAUAUACUCAAAGUGGACAAAUCACAGAGAAAGCUGAUGUUUACUCGUUUGGGGUUGUAUUAAUUGAGCUAAUCACGGGUCGUAAAGCCAUGGAUAUCUUCAGACCAAAAGGACAACAAUGUUUAACUGAAUGGGCAAGGUCUCUAUUAGAGGAGUACGCGGUGGAGGAGUUGGUUGAUCCAAAGCUGGAGAAGAGUUAUUCAGAGACCCAACUCAUUUGGAGGCUUAGUGGAAGAUCAUCGCUUGAGAGAAAUCAAAGAUCAGAAUUAAGUAGCAAACAGAGUGUUUAA